AUGAUGAAAUUGGGUCCAGGACCAUUGCGAUCAGGAAAUAAUUGGGAGGAAAGAGGGAUGAGUGAAAUUGUGCAAAUAUUAAUUUCAUAUGAAAGCGACAGGAUCUGUUCCAUCCAGUUCGCAUACGUUCAAAAUGGUGGCGUGCGGCAUUCAAAAAAAUAUGGACAAGACGGUCGAGUGGGAUUUGAUGCAGUGACAUUUGAUUAUCCGUCCGAGUAUUUAACUUAUGUAAGUGGUCGCUAUAAAGAUCAUGAUCGAUUGACUUCAAUUGUGUUUGGCACAAACAAACGUAAAUAUGGACCCUUUGGAGUUUGGACAGACAUCCACAUCUACAGAAGGCGAAUUCAACUAUAAAUUUGGAACGAGGUCCUCUUUUGCAGGUUUUUAUGGAACCGUUUACUGUGGUUUAGUGUAUGCUAUUGGAGU